AUGUCUCACACAAUAUUGUUGGUGCAGCCAAAUCAGCGUCCCGAGACAAGAACCUACUCAGAUUAUGAAUCCCUGAAUGAAUGUCUUGAAGGAAUAUGCAAGAUCUUUGAAGAGCAUCUCAAACGCCUGCACCCACAUGAUCCAUCUAUAACCUAUGAUAUCUCACAGCUGUUUGAAUUCAUUGACCAGCUGACAGAUCUGAGUUGCUUGGUAUUCCAGAAAGCCUUUGGCACUUACAGCCCGCACAACAAAGACUGGCUGAAGGAGAAGAUCUACCACAUGUUGAGAAAGCAGGCUGGAAAAUGA